AUUUGUUUAAUGCUAAUUUCCUUUGUUCCUGUGCACUUUUCGGUAAAUUAGUUCCAAGAACUGGUCACACAGCGUUUAGUAGCGAAGUUCACGGGGAGAUAAAAUUAAAGUACCUUUGUAUUCGGUCGCUGUCAGUCGGUAAACUACGCGGAAAAGCAGUGAUAAAGCACUAAUAUACUUUGUUUUGUCUCUUCGGAGAGUUUAUUACAUCGGGUUCUUCGUAUUGGAAGUCGCCUUCUGCGCCAGUGUGUGUAAAGGCUGCACUUUUGACGGAGCUAUCUAUCACAUUUGCAAUUCUAUUCUGAAUAUUUUGUUUCGAACAUCGCAUUAAAUUAAGAACGAUGAAGGCUGUGAUCGCUUUUGCAUGCCUCCUGGCUGCGUCUGCCGCUGCGGAUGUGUGCUACAACGAAGUCUCCAUGGAAUGUGGCCGGGCCACCAGCAGCCUAGCGCUGCCUAGCUGUAACGCCGUCUAUGGCAACUUCGGUCGCCAAGGCAACGUUGCGAACGAGAUGCAGGCGUACGCAAACUUGCACCUGCGCAGGUCAUACGAGUUCCUGCUGUCGUCCGCGUACUACAAUAACUAUCAGACAAACAGACCCGGCUUCAGCAAGCUUUUCAGGAAACUAGCAGAUGACUCCUGGGCCAAAACUGUCGAGAUUAUAAAGCAUGUCACUAAGAGAGGUGGCACCAUGGACUUCCACAGCCGUAGUACACAGGAGGCCGUUGAAGAAAGGAACAACACCAUCGAGCUACAAGAGCUGGAAUCCCUCGCUAGGUCUCUCGACAUACAGAAGGAGCUGGCGGAGCGUGCCUUCUUCAUCCACCAGGAGGCCACCAGAAACAAUCACAAGACUCACGACCCUGAGAUCGCACAGUACCUAGAGGAAGAGUUCAUUGAAGACCACGCCAAGACCAUCAGGGAUCUGGCCGGCCACACCUCCGACUUGAAACAGUUCAUCACCAACAACGAGGGCAAGGACCUUUCAAUCUCCCUCUUCCUCUUCGACGAGUACCUACAAAAAAUUGCUUAAACAAUGCUCAAAAAUAAAUUUUCAAAAUUCUC